AUGUCGCAGUAUUUUUUCAUCGAGUUGCCCAAAGUGCCUCCGGUCCCCUUGACAAAAGUGAUCCCUGGCGUGUGGUACUGGAGAGACGACAACAAAACUCUUGAAUUUGCCGUUGCCUUCCCUACCCCAGAGCCCAAGGACAAAGGAAAGAAAGGCAGGACCAUCCACUUCCAAGAUCCUGGUGCCAAACCACCCGAUAGACAAACUCCCAGUGUUUUACGGGAUAUUCUUGCAGCCCGAACUGGGAACCGAGAAGAUAAAGGGCCUCGCCCCGGGAAGCGAGGGCAGCAGGAAGAGAUCACGCUAGAAGAUGUUAAGUAUGCUGCUGUGUUUCUGGCACAUGACGAUGACACGCUCGAUGUCCCUUCCUUCUCAACAGUUUUGAAGUGUAAGCAGUUGGAUGACUUCCUCAUGGCUCUGCUGUAUUACAUCAAGUUUUUUUUGGACAAACUUACCCUGGAGAACAAGCCCAGAUCUUUUACGGGGUAACCCACCGCCUUAGAGAAGAAAGAAAUAAUGGAGACUCAAAGGAAGAUGGAGGUGGCCAAAAAGCACCUUGCCGAAGUGUACUGCAUCCUCAUCCUGGGCCUGGGAAUGGCCGAGCAGCAUCACAUGGCUUGCGGAAAGAGGAAAACAUCAGCAGCACAGAAGGACAGGGACUUCUUUGAGGGCUUGUAUAACUUCAGUUCCUAUGUGGCGUUUGUGGCCUUCAAGCAGAGAAACCUCAAGGAGAUCCAGCAGGAGGUGGGCCGCAUGCUCCGUUCUAACAUAUUCAAUCCUGCUCUGAGAGAGAAAACCAGGGCCAAUCAGGUGACCAAAACAGACGUGACCAAGGAGCUGAUGAAGGGCCCUCUCCAAUUCCGCAGGACCACGGGUGUCAAGCAACCAGCCAUCAGGAGUGUCUUGGACCAGCGGUCGCCUGUGCUGAGCACGUUGCUGCCGAUGGCGAAAGACAGCGCUCAGUACCUUUUCCGAGACCACUACCUGCAUCGCAGCAGAACUGCCCCGAUCUCAUGUCCUGAAGACCUGCCACCUUUCUCCUCCAUCAUCUCCUCCUCCAACAGGAUUGGUAUCAUCGGAGCUCCCCGCAGCAGGUUCAGCCCUCACACGCUCAUGCCUAUCUCCACGGAGGAGGAAGAGGAAGAGGCGGAGGAUCAAGAAAACCUGAGGACGAGCUCCUCCUCGCUGAUUGCCCGGGAGCUCCUUCUCUCCUCCCAGGGCAACCAGGGCAGCUAUUCGUGCGAGGCUGUGUCGAGGGCCACCACCGAAGCUGACUAUGCCGAAGAGGCCCAGCCUCGGCCCUGCCUCCCCUCAGCCGCCGCCGCCGCCUCCCGCGCCCCUGUGAGGCCCGCGCCCUGGGCCGCAGCCUCGUCGGCCCCGGGUCCGCCUGGGGGACCAAUCCCGGCCGGGACGCUCGGCGCCGCCCCCGCCGCCGACUCGAGGGAGGCGGGAGGCGCGGCUAGGCCCGUCCAGGCCUCGCGAGAAGGGGGCGGCCUCUGA